AAUGUGUGUGGAAAUAUUGUGUAUUAAUUUAAUUAAGCUUUAUUUUCAAUAUCUAAAUUUAUUUUCAUAAAAUAUUUUGAAACAUUCUAAAAUGUAUAGGCGUAAAAAUUGUUUUGUAUAAGUGUGAAUAGUGUUUAAUAAAACGAAAAAAUGGAAAGUUUGUGUCGAUAGACCUCCGAAUGCAAAAGUGAAACAUUAACUAAACAUACAAAAAGUUAUAGCUAUCAAGGCAAAGAAUUUUAGAUUUUUUGCAAGUAAUGAUAAUCGCUUUAACAGCAUAACAACGGUAAUUAGCAUUUUGGUUUUUCUACAGUUCAUCUGCAAUACCAGAUAAUUUUGUGUACAUUUUAUUUCAUUGUGUACAGGAAAUAGUGUAAAAGUGAAGUGGAGAUACUGGAAAGAAACUACAGUUAAUAAAUUUAGUUCUAAAAGAAGAUAACGCAAAACUAACAACAAAAUGGGGCUUUUAAUUUCAAAAUUAUGGAGCAUGUUUGGGAAUGAAGAGCACAAAUUAGUAAUGGUUGGCUUAGAUAAUGCCGGCAAAACUACAAUACUCUAUCAAUUCCUCAUGAAUGAAGUCGUACACACCAGCCCCACAAUUGGUUCCAACGUGGAGGAGGUGGUGUGGCGGAACAUACACUUUCUGGUGUGGGAUUUGGGCGGACAGCAGAGUUUGCGCGCCGCCUGGAGCACUUAUUACACAAACACAGAGUUUAUUAUUAUGGUCAUCGAUUCGACGGAUCGCGAGCGUUUGGCUGUUACACGCGACGAACUGUAUCGCAUGCUGCAGCAUGAAGAUCUGUGCAAAGCCAGUCUAUUAGUUUAUGCGAAUAAACAGGAUCUCAAGGGUGCUAUGUCGGCUGCGGAAAUUUCACGUCAAUUGGACUUAACCUCGAUUAAGAAGCAUCAAUGGCAUAUACAAGCGUGUUGUGCGCUCACCGGCGAGGGGCUUUAUCAGGGGCUCGAGUGGAUCGUGCAGCGUAUCAAAAAGAAAUGACAGACGUCAAAUAUGGACUGCGAUAGUAUAUAGCUAAUUAAAUAAUACAAUUUUAUAUAUGUAUGUAUGUAAAGAAUCUUUAUGGUAAUAACAAAAUGUAAUAAAAAAUUUAAGAGAAAAUAGAAAAAAAAAAAAACAAAAAAGUAAAAAAAAUACAGAAAAAGUAAGCAAACAUUAAAAAGUAAUUUAAAAGUAUAAAAGCGCGUAGGUCAAUAAGAAAAUAUUUUUGAUUUUUUUUUUUUUCAAAUAAGUAUAUAUAAAAAAUUAUUACAAAUGUUUGUAUAUUAAAAGAAACACUUGUGUGCGCGUUGCUUUAACUAUUUGUGGACUGCAAGUAGACAGAGUUGCAUAAAGUUUAGUGGUAAUACUAAUGCAAACAGCUUUAGCAGCAAGUGACUACUGUUACUUUAGUUGAAACAUUGUCUAUUCACAUUUCAUUUGUAAACAUUUAUACUAAUUGUACUCAAUUUGCGCGUUACAUAAAAUUUUCUAUGUUCAAGUACUACAAACUAUAGUUUUUAUAUAUAUUUUAGUGGCUUAAAACUUUUUCAUUUAGAGAUUUUCGCUAUUUUUAAUAUUUAACAACUCAACAACAAACGCAUUAUAUUUAACGAAUGAGUGAUUUAGUGCUGAAUACAAUGCGGCAGCUAUUAUAAAUUGUAAAAAAAUAUAUAAAUUCACGCAUGUAUGUAUGUCAAUAAAGACAACAAAUUAUGUUGAGACAUAAUUGUUAGCCGUUAUAUAGGUCCUCAGUGAAUCGUCUUUGUUUUACAAAAUGUUUGCUUGUAUUGUAUUUAAAGAAAAUUAAAUCUUCCAUUAAAUAAUCAUAAUCAUUCUGUUAAAUAUUAAUAUAGUAUAUAAUAUUGUAUAUUAUGUAAGUGUAAUAAUACUAAACUGAAAGUGUGCACAACGCACUGGUUACAAUUACACAAACAUUUCUUUUCUUAUAAGUGCAAGUGUAGCAACAGUGUUGUGCAAUUAAUUUGCAUACAUACAAACAUAUUUAUAGUAAUAAUCCAGCAUUCUACAUUUGCUUGCUGCAUUUAGCAAAAGCAGCAAUCGUAAUGAAAUGGUAAACAAUAGUGAGCGCUUAGUGUACGUUAUGUAUUUAAAUAUAUUUAUGUAUGUAUUAUAUAUUUCUAAAGCAACGAAGUAAGAAGCGCUCACUUGCUUACCACUUUGCCACCGUGUUGAAACUGUUUGUAUAGUGUUUUACAUAGGGAAACAGUGAGAUUUACUUAGCACAGAAAUGUCAUUUGCCAAAAUAUAACAAAAACACGAGAAGUAUAAUUAAAAGAAAAAAAAAAACAAAAAAUAAAAUAUGUCUAUUUGUAAGUAAGUUAACCAAAUUUAAGCGAUUUUUAAGAGAAAAGUUAUGCUAACGCAAUAAAUAAAAACAAACAGUAAUUU